AUGGCUCGCUUGAGCCCAACUGGUUCGCAUGGACACGCAACUGGAAAUAGGAUAUGCUUCUUAACUGGUCUUGUUCAAAGUGGUAAAGAAGGUCAGAACUGCCGGGUUCCCUGUAGGAAAGGGCGUAACCCCACUCUAAAAGUAGUUCGGUUCCCGGUUGAAAAAGCUCUUCACAAUAGGAGCAAAAAUAAGAAUUGUCAAGGUUGUCGGCAUAUCUGCACCCGGCUCAGCUCAAGGUGCAAUCCAAGCAAAGUUAGAAGAGCAGGCGAAAGCAAGGUGCGAAGCACUAGUGACAUCCUCAAGGCAACGAGUUAUGAGCUCCUAACGGGUAGGAAAACAGAGAAUAGAAGAAGCUGCAAUUGCUCCUGUUGA